AUGAACGACGACGACGACAUCAUGAACGACGACGACAUCAUGAACGACGACGACGACAUCAUGAACGACGACGACGACAUCAUGAACGACGACGACGACAUCAUGAACGACGACGACGACAUCAUGAACGACGACGACGACAACAGACAACAACAACAUGAACAACAACAACAUGAACAACUACAACAUGAACAACUACAACAUGAACAACUACAACAUGAACAACUACAACAUGAACAACUACAACAUGAACAACAACAACAUGAACAACUACAACAUGAACAACAACAACAUGAACAACAACAUGAACAUGAACAACAACAACAUGAACAACAACAACAUGAACAUGAACAACUACAACAUGAACAACUACAACAUGAACAACAACAACAUGAACAACAACAACAUGAACAACAACAACAUGAACAACAACAACAUGAACAACAACAACAUGAACAACACAACAUGAACAACAACAACAUGAACAACAACAACAUGAACAACAACAUAAACAACAACAACAUAAACAACAACAACAUAAACAACAACAACAUGAACAACAACAACAUGAACAACAACAAGAAUAACAACAACAUGAGCAACAACAACAUGCUGAUGAACAACAACAUGAACAACAACAACAUGAAUAACAACAACAACAUAAACAACAACAUGAACAAAUAA